GUCGCCAGUUCGUCGGGACUUCGAGAAGCCUCCCGUCGUCACCCGCCGCUUAUCCGCAGAGAAACAUGGUUGGUUUUGGCAAGAAGAAGCCGUCUAGUCUUUUCGGUGAAACUGAAUUGGAGGGCAAGGGCAAGGUUGACGGGUCCAGUCUCCUGGACGACAACGGCGAGCCGACGCACGGAACGCUGUACCAGCCAGAAAACUUUGACAAGAAGGUUGUACGACGAGCCGACAACCAAGGGGAAGACCAAGAACAGAAGAAACCCGCGGGCCGGAGUUGGUUUCGCAUCCCUGGCCUGAGCUCUAAGAAGUAGAGUGGUUGCUGCGUGUGUGUUGGUAGUCGUGGUGCGUCGACCGCAGCGACGAUGUUUGCUCUUCAUUGAAAUUCCAUGUUUGUCUCUACUCAA